CUGACUUUGUAACAGAAGAAGAAGAAGCUACAACAACAGUCUGUCCGACAUCUUCUCUCUCGGCUGUCUGCGGACUCCUUGUUGAGUAUUUCGAUUUUAAAUGCGACAGGAGCAAAAGUUUGAUCUGUAGCGUGAACUGAGCGCGAGGCAGGAGCACGUGACAUCGGCUGGGAUGGCGGCUGACCGGCGCGAGGACAAAGAUGGAGAGCUGAAUGUUCUAGAAGAUCUUCUGACUGAAGCUCCUGAUCAGGACGAUGAGCUCUACAACCCCGAGACUGAGCGCGAUAUCAGCGACAAAAAAGGAACGAAGAGGAAGAGUGACCGCUCGGAUAACCAGGAUCUGAAGAGGCUCCGCUCUUCGUCAAGCCACGCCCCCUCCAGGUCCUCAUCUAACAAUAAGAGAGAUCCUGGUCCACCUCUGUCUUCUUCCUCCUCCUCCAAGAAGCCGGCACCCAGUUCUCGUGGACGUCAUGCUGCAGUCGCCACCGGCUACCGUCACGAAUACUACGAGGAGCGGAAAGGGCGACGAGGGGCCAGAGAAGCAACCAGGAGCCGGGGAGGAGAGGAUGCACGCCGCAGAGAGCCUCCGAGAGUCAUGGAGGGUCUGAGCCAGAAGUUAAGACGUGACGAUCAGCGGGCAAGUCCCUGUCCCCAUGAGGAGGUCAACCAAUCCGAGGAGGAGGAGGCAGCAGGGGAAUAUGGCUCAGCGGGCUCAGGAAGCUCCUCUCCUGCCGCCUCCCACGCAGAGGAGGAUGAAGAGGAUCCUGAUGAUGAAGAAGAAGAAGAGGAGGAGGAGGAGGAGGGCAUGGAGGAAGAGGAGGAGGAGGAGGAAGGAGAGAAGGAAGACGAGGAGGAGGAAGAGGAGGAGUAUGAGCGUCGCGGUGAGGGAAAUGACUAUGACACCCGCAGCGAGGCUGGCGACUCCCGCUCCGCCUCCUCUGUCAGUUUUUCUGAGGACGGCGAAUCGGUCCACUCAGGCUCUGCCUCCGAAGCAUCAGGUUCUGUGAAGAAGCGGGAGAAACUGUCAUCGUCAGUCCGAGCUGUUCGCAAGGGAAUGGAGACUCCGACCAGUAAGCUGCGCUACAUCCUGCGAGACGCUCGUUUCUUCCUCAUAAAGAGCAACAACCAUGAGAAUGUGUCUCUGGCCAAAGCUAAGGGUGUGUGGUCGACGCUGCCGGUGAACGAGAAGAAGUUGAAUGCAGCGUUCCGCUCGGCUCGUAGUGUUGUCCUCGUCUUCUCUGUGAGGGAGAGCGGCAAGUUCCAAGGUUUUGCUCGUUUGUCCUCAGAGUCUCAUCAUGGAGGAUCACCAAUUCACUGGGUACUUCCUGCUGGCAUGAAUGCAAAGAUGCUGGGAGGAGUCUUCAAGAUCGACUGGCUCUGCAGGAGGGAUCUACCUUUCACCAAGACGGCUCACCUGUCCAACCCCUGGAACGAGCACAAGCCGGUGAAAAUAGGACGUGACGGACAGGAGAUCCAGCCGGACAUCGGAGCCCAGCUGUGCGCACUGUUCCCCUUGGACGAGAACGUGGACGUCCACCAGGUCGCUCGCCGAGUUCGUCACAAGCGUCGGACGCCUUCGGAGCCGCGGCCUCGAGGCCGACCACCACAGCGCGAACCGGGAAGGCGUCGCCCCGAAGAGUACGACCUCCACGGCAGGAAGCGUCCACGAGCCGACGGCCCGCCCGACUUCAACCAGCGAGCAGGGUUUGUCCAGGAUCUACGUAACCAGCCGGUGGACAGGAGAUUCUCCGGUGUGAGACGUGACGUUUUUCUCAACGGGUCGUACAACGACUACAUGAGAGAUUAUCACCAUAACGUGGGACCCCCCGCCCCCUGGCAGACCCUGGCGGCGUAUCCUGGCGUGGAGCAGCCGCCCCCCCACCACCCUCCCUACUACCACCACAGCCACCCCCCACCCCCUCCUCACCAGGCUUACCAUCACCACCACCACCCCCCAAUGCCGCCCCAUGAGGCUCCACCCCCUCGCUUCAGAGACAAACAGCGCCCUCCACAACAUCGCGCCUUCACCUCCAGCCCGCACGACUAUGACAUGCGUGUGGAUGACUUCCUGCGGCGGACGCAGGCGGUGGUCAGCAGCAGGCGUGAGCGUGAGCGGCAGCGUGAACGUGAGCGUGCUGGACCACGGAGAGAGCGAGAGCGAGUGAGGGAGAGAGACAGAGAGAGAGAGAGGGAGAAGGAGAGGGGACGGUACCGUAGGUGAUCUGUAGAGGCUUUUAUUUUGACAGUCAGCAGUGUUCUGGACUUUUUUUCUUUUUGAAAUAAUGAAUAAAAUUAAACCAAGUUCAUGAUGACAUCAUUUAUUUUUAUAUGUUUGAUGACAUCAUCAGUUAAAUGUGAAUUAAAAUAUUUGAAAAAAUGUAAAAAAAAAAAAGAAGCUUGGUCCAAACUUUUAAUUUGCUGAUCCUGUGUAAAGGGAAGUGACAUCACAGCGAGUCACACGUGUUUCCUGCUCACAUUUACAACAUGUGAUGUUUCUGUAAAUUCAACCCUUUUUUUUGUGUAUUCCCUCUGAAAUCUUCACACUUCAUUUCCCAGAAUUCUCUCUGAGCCUCAACAGGAAACUGUGUUUUCAUAGUUGUAGUCGUGAAGGUUCCCAACCUGGGGGUCGUGGCCCUCUGAGAGGUCUCAUGAUGAAAAACUUUUAUUUUGAAGUUUCUUUGUUUUCAUUGGUUCUUUUAUUGUGAAAGGAUAGGCAGUUUAUUGUCAAACCUCUAUCUUAUUCAUUUAAACACUUUUACUUCUACUUUGAAUUUGACUUUGUACUUCCUUUUCUGCACUGUAAAAAAACGAUGACAAUGAAAACGUAAAAGAAUGGUGUUUCUUUUUACUCAUUAUUCUGUUGGACUCACGAGCGCCCCCUGCUGCUGCUUUUCUCACAUUUAAAUAAAAUCUACUUCCUGUUGGUUUUUAAAGUUUUAGUUUGUGCUUGUCUCUGAUUUCAGUUUCCUGUUUGUGAGAGAGGGGGCAGGGCUUGUCUGUUUUUGUACAAAAUAAAAUCUGAAAUGUUUGUGUCGCUUCUGUUUGUAAAUAAAGUUUCAAUCAGCUGAUCCUUA